UGUGGUAGUAGAUUUUCUUCUUUCAACAGCCUCGCCGUUCACAUGUCACGAACCCAUCCUGAGAGAAGUGUUAGGCAAACUUGGAACCGCAGUGUGUCUGUGCCUUUAAAGUGUUCAUUCAAUUAUUGCACGAGAGAAUAUGUAGAGCUUAAACAGCUGGUGUCUCACUUAAAUGACCACAUCCAAGAAGGUCUCCAUGUUGUGUGCCCGUUUGAUGGCUGUGGUCGUACUUUUAAUGUGAAGACCUCUCUCUCAUCCCAUAUUUCCAGGAUUCAUCGUGGGUGGAACACGACCCAAAUAUCUUCCAUUUAUUUAUCAGAUGUACAGGCUCGUCUUACAGACAGCACACCAGAGGUCAGUACAUAUAGGUGCAAGGUUGCUCUCGCCACUCAGGCAUCUUCCACAAUGGAGGUUGUGAAGAAUGUUAUAACAAGGGCCAUGCCUGUACUAACAACUGACGUCAUAGAAGAGCUGAUGGAUCAUCUAAAACAUAUUGGUGUUAACAGCAUUGAUGAUAUGCAAUACCUAACCAGCGAAGACUUGGAUGGCAUUUUGCCUCCAAUUCAAAGGAGGCGGUUAAUUCAAGCCUUCACUGCAGACUUGCAAGCUGUACUUGGCUCAACGUCUCUGCAACCGAAUGUCCAUCUCCCUGAAAAUCCACCUCUGACACCUGGUCCCAUGGAGGAGUCUUCAUCCCGGGAGACUGUUGUACUAUGGCACAAAAUGCCUCCAAACCUUAUGCUUGCCUUACGUGAAAAGAAGAGACCAAAACCUAAAGAGAGACGAGAGAUGAUCCGUAUAGUUAUUGACGAUGUACUAGCUAAAGAACGUGGAAGACCUGGAAGAGGAAAGCUGCGUGAGAUUGCCAAGAAGAUAGUACAACAAUAUCCCUCCUCUUUCCAAGACAGAGAGAUGAAUGGAACCACGGUAAUUGGAACUGGGUAUGAUUCAGUGUUCAUACAGCUUGAGAACAGACUUGAGAACAUUAGUAGGCCAUGUACCUUCAACUCGAGGCCAGCAGCAGAAAGGGGAGAUGAGAUAAGAAAGAAGUCCAGCCACUCGGAUCGAUAUGUAUGUGUGGAGUGGCAGCCUGCUGUUGAGAACACUCCUGAACUAGAGUCUAAAAAAGAUGACUUGAAGAACGAUUUCAAGACCCGCCAGCUGGAGGAAUCAGUUGUUCGCAAAUUGAUGACUGACACAUACUCCAUCCAACGAACUGCAAUCAACAAUGGAAGCACUGUGAAAACUCUAAUGGAGGAGUGGCCCUUCCUUUUUGAAGCUGCAUGCAUGUUUGACCACACACACACACACUUCUUGGCUUGGAAGUCCAAACAAAGCUGGCAGAGGAGGUGUCCAGAAAGGGAAAGGGCAUCAAAGACUUUCUACAGUCCAGGGGGAUAAAGAUGGCACCCAGUAACGAUCUAGUACAGCUGAUCUCUGGGAUCGCAAAAUUCUUCAGAGAAAAGCCUGAACAACUCUUCCACCCAAGUGAGGAAUCUGCUGCUGCCGCACUACCACUGCAAAGCACACCUUGCAUCCUUACCACGGGUGAUCAUCAUUACAAAAUCGCCGUGGACCAAGAAGUCGUAAACAACCACAUCAGCUCCAUGAUUGUAGCUCUGAGUUACACUUUUGCUGCAUUUUAUGUUUUUAACAUAAAGUACCCAAAAGACAUGGCUCUCACGCUGGAGUUCAUUCAAAGAGUUUUCCUGGGAAUAAAUCCAGAACGAGGGUCAAAGGCUGAGAAGAAGGGAAAGAAACACCUUCACUUGCCCCCAAGACUUCUGAAGUUCUUGUGUGAACUGAACAGUUUUGAAAACCCCUGAAUGGAAAUGUGAACAUUUGCAUGCAUGUGCACGCAUGCGCGCGCACGCACACACACACAAAGCUGAGUUUCUGCUGAGGUCUGGAAUGCCCCUCAACUCCCACCCCUUAAUUGUUUAGGUGCGUGUUUCUUUUUUUUGUUCUUUCUUAAGAGACUUUGAAACCUGUUUGUUGGGAAUCAUAGACCUCACCCUUCAAUCCAAUUUAAAAGUUACAAAUAUCAAAUCAUUUUGUGGGUUUUGUAUGUUGCAUGACGUUCUUAAAAAUGACAGGGUGCUAGUCAUAAUGAAUACUUGAUGAAAUUUGUGGUGGUGUUAAAUAUUCUUGAAUUAAUUAUUUGUGAAUUAACAGCAUGACUUCCCAUAGACCUGUCCCUUCAAUCCAAUUUAAAAGGUACAAAUAUCAAAUCAUUUUGUGUUUUUUGUAUGUUCUUAAAAAUGUCAGUGUGCUAGUCAUAAUGAAUAUUUGAUGAAGAUAACAUCUCUGAAUUCAUAGCAUGAAUUAUUGAAAUAAACUACUAAAAUGGCA